AGAGCCUUCUGGUUUUGAUCACAACAUGCGUAUCACCAACAACAACGUUCUAGAACAUACUCAUCUCUCAAACACAGUUUCAGAUGAGCCCCGUUAUGAUUUCCAGAAGAACCCUGAUGGUGGUAUGGUCGGUAGCAGUAGCUUCUCUCAAGAUUUUGGAGCUUUGUGA